AUGGCGAACGAAUCUUCCAGACGUCGUUCGUUGCUGGAGCUCCCUGCGGAAAUCCUGCAACAUACCUUGGGUUUCCUCGACGAGGAAGAACUACGUCGCAUCGUGCGAGACGUGGAGGACCUCGCCUCGCACGCCAAAGAGGUAAUCAAACUGCGUUUCAGAGAGAAAAAUACUUACACCCUUCCAGAUGAGGCCGCUGUUCUCGAGCGCCACGGGGGCAGUCUGCCCGCCAACGUGCUUCCGACCAACCACCUCAGACAUCCGUGUGAAGUCCCCUUCAUUCGCAUCCCCGACACCAUUGCCGGCAUCAUCAGGACCAACAACCUUGAGAUCCUGAAGGUGCUGGUCGAGGCCGGUCUGGACCUGAUGUCCUUCAGCUUGAAUGGCUGGCGCCUGCUAGGUCUAGCUCUCGCAUGGGGUAACGACGCCAUUGCCAAGUACCUCAUCGACAAGAUGAAGCCCGAGGACCUGCUGUAUGGCGUGUGUCGCGUCGGAAGACGGGGCGAGCCGCCCAACUUCCUCACCUUGGCCGCGUACUACAGCGCCGACAUCUUCUGCAGGAUGUGGCAGCGAGUCCGCGGUCUGACAAACUGGCAGGCCCAAGUCACCGAAGUGGCUCGCUACCAGCUGUGCAGACACGCGGAUGCGCUUCUGGCCUGGGACCUCGCCGAGGACGGGGUAGAUAUCGCAGUUUGUCUGCUGCCGUUCCUGGGGAGAAAUGCCUGGCAUGCGGCCGCCGAGUCCAACGAUAACAUGGACUUCUUCGAGUACCUGUACGGCCGCAUCCCCGAGGCGAUCAAUAACGGCAGCGCGGAGAACGGACGCACGCCGCUGAUGAUCGCAGCCUCAGAGCAGUGGCAUGAUCGCACCAAUCCGAUCAGAUGGAUGCUCCGCCAUGGAGCUGAUCCUGCGAUAGAGGUUGGUGGGAGAACCGCGGCUUGGUUUGCGAGCGCGGCGCAUAACUUUCAGUUGGCUAGUUUGCUUUCCUCUUUCUCUUCUCCGUACUCUGAGUCGCUUCGGGGCUGA